GUGGAGGUGACCUAGUGUUGCUGGGACGGCCACCGCGAUGAGGCACACGCUGGACUUGCAGGAGCCUCUGUCGAUUCGUGAACAAUGCAAAGAGCUGAUGCUGUCAGAUCACCAAAUCCACCAGAUCAUGGACAGACUACUGGAAGAUAUAAAGUUGGGGCUAGGAAAGGAGACCCACGCGAAGGCCAUUGUGAAGUGUUUCGUGACAUACGUUCAGGACUUGCCCAAUGGGAAAGAACAAGGGAAGUUCUUGGCACUUGAUCUGGGAGGUACAAACUUCAGAGUGCUUAUUAUAGAACUAGAGGGAGAAAAGUUUCACAUGGAUUCUAAAAUAUACGCCAUUCCUCAGAGUAUUAUGCUUGGAACAGGUGUACAGCUGUUUGACCACAUUGCUGAAUGUUUGGCAAACUUCAUGAAAGAGCAUCAGAUGGCCCAUUUAAGAUUACCACUGGGAUUCACCUUCAGUUUUCCACUCACUCAGAAGGGUUUGACAAAGGGAUACCUGGAAAGGUGGACCAAAGGGUUCAACUGCAGUGGUUGUGUUGGUGAAGAUGUGGUUCAGUUGUUGAAAGAUGCUCUAGCAAGGAGAAAUGAUGUGCAGAUUGAUGUUUGUGGUAUACUCAACGACACAACGGGAACGUUAAUGUCAUGUGCAUGGAAAAACCACAACUGCAGGAUAGGGCUCAUCGUUGGUAUGUUCAGAUUCUUAUCAGUGUGCCACAUGCUUGGCAAUGCUUCACUUGAGCUUCAGAACUACUUCCCUGUUUUGAAACUUAUCUGUUUAUAUUACAGGUUUGAGAAAAUGAUCUCUGGAAUGUACAUGGGAGAGCUUGUAAGGCUGGCACUUGUAAAAUUUACAAAGAGUAAUCUCUUAUUUGGAGGCAGAGGCUCCGACCUGCUCUUCAAGAGGGGAAAUUUCUUCACAAAAUACGUAUCUGAAAUAGAAAGUGACAAGAGGGGAAGUUACACAAAUUGCCGGCAAGUGCUGGAAGAACUUGGCCUUAACCAUGCAACAGACCAAGACUGCAGUAAUGUGAGGUUUAUUUGUGAGUGUGUUUCACGGAGGGCAGCACAUUUGGUAUCUGCUGGUGUUGCAACACUCCUAAACAAAAUGGACGAGGAAAAUGUUACAGUGGGCAUUGACGGCUCAGUCUAUCGUUUCCACCCUCGUUUCCAUGACUCUUAUAUGGUUGAAAAAAUUUCUGAGCUUGUCAAACCAGGCAUUAAGUUUGAUCUGAUGCUGUCGCAUGAUGGUAGUGGCAGAGGAGCUGCACUAGUAGCAGCUGUAGCAACUAGGGAACGGUGAAUUUAAUGCUGGAGACCUUUAGGUGCAGUUGUAUAUAUUAGACAAUUUUGGGUUCCUAUAGCAUGUUGAAGCUGCAGAAGUACGGUCUGAUGUUGAAAUGUACGAGCUUCACCACGAGCUGGAUGAUCCGCAACAUCUGUCAAGACUGACAUUAAGCCCCUGGUGGUGCAGUGCAGCAUUAUAUAUUUAUGUAUAUGUGUGUGCUGUGAAUAUGAUGAGAUUAUGUGAAAAUUUUAAUUUAUAUGAUCAAUUGGUCAAAGUUAUACUUGAAGGCCAGUUGCUUUUGAAAUUUUUUUAUAGGUUCCAUAGGAACAUUUCACAAUGAAUUAUCUGGUUUUGUGAGUUUUUAAUGUUUUGUAGUGAGUGAGUGAGUGAGUGUGUGUCGUAAUACUUGUGUACUUAGUUCUGCACGUGUUAGACAUGUAAAAGGCUGAAAUUCAGUCAUUUUUAUAAACUUAUAAGGGAAGAAUUAAAUACUUCCUGUGUAAAUUGCUUUUAAACGAGUUUAUUAUGUAAAUAAUUAAAUUAGAUUUCAUAGCUAAAUAAAACACACGCACAUAAAGCUGUGUGCAAACAUAA